AUGGAUAGGCCAAGCACGAGUCAGCAAUCUAUAGAGAAGGUGGAAAUGUUCGAAGUCCGCGAACAUGUUCCUUACCAAGCAGAGCUGACGCGUGCUCCCGCCACAUACGACGAAGAGAGCGGGGAGAUAUACAGUUCCUCGUGGAACUCCGCCUGGUCCGCCAUAUGUCAGCUGAUUAACUUACUCAAUCAUAUGCAAAUUGCUUUUGUGGUGUUCUGUAUAUGGAAUUUUGCAUUAAACUCAGAAGCUGACGGAUCAAUCUCUAAUUUGCAACUACAUAUAGUUUUCGCGGGUACUGGGUACCAACUAUUCAUGGUUGAAUCCAUUCUGACGCUGCAUAAGCACAACUCCUGGUCUUUUCAACUGAGCAAUGACAGCAAAAGGAUAAUUCACGGAUGUCUUCAACUACUCGGGUCAGUUUUAGUCCUGGCGGGAACCUUUUUAGCAUUAGCUAAAAAGAAUAUGGCAAUAGAGACGCCUCAUGGAAUUUGCGGUGUUAUCGCUCUUGCAUUUACUCUCAUAAGCUUCGUCUCCGGCAUCAUAACGUUGUUUUCCUCUAAAGUAAGGUUAAUGGUUAAAAAUGGACCGGCCAGAAUACUUCAUAUUUCUGUCGGUAUUUUUGCUGUGUCCAUGGGUCUUUUAACUAUAGUACUAGGUUUUAAUGGACCAUAUUUUAGAACUAGCCAAGAAGGAUUAGCGACUGCUUUAAUGACAUUUGUUGUUCUAAUCCUAUUUUAUGUUCUCAUUCAACCAAUUGCAGACUUAAUUUCAGCAACUCGGAAGAGUUUG